GUGCUGUGAAUGAAUCGGUCAUGAAAGGGCUGUGAGGAUUGCGCGGACGGUCCGGAAGAUCUGCCCAUACAAACAACUUCAAGGGAAUAAGCACAGUCAAUACCAAGCCUGCAGGUUUUGAAAACUCGGCCCUCCUCUUCCAUGGCAUUACCCCCUAUAGAGGGAUGUGCAGAGUGGGGAGGGGAAAGUUAGGGCCAGCGUCGACAUUUGAGACCUGAUUUUUUCUCAGCCGCGAACAACUCCCGUCUCCGAAUUGACGCCAGCUUCCCUUCUAAUGAGCGACGAUCUUGGAGCCUCGAAAAACAGCGCCUAUGCUCCAGCCACGACAGUCUAUCAUUUCCAGAAUUUGUCCACGGCCUUCAACGACUCAUCGAGCUUCCCUCAGCCGUACCAUUACCCACCUGACAUCAUACUCGUUACAAGACCUACAUAUACCGCGUUUUUCACCCACUACCACCGUCUCGUCACGGAGUCGAAUAAUCAAUUUGGAAGGUUACUGGAGAGCUGCAAGCCUCCAAAUGACCCUGGCUUGCCUAGACGACGUCCCAUUAUUUACGUGGACGAAAACGAGCAUCACUUCAACUGUUUUUUGAUUGCCCUCUAUAAUUGGUCGUCUCAACUAUACAAACCGGACACAGGAGUGUUUUCUCACGUAUUCAACCUGGUGAUAAAGUAUGGGUUUAAGGUUCGAAGUGUAUUCUCACCGUCGUCGGGAGGCUUCCAGGACUUGGUUCGCACAGCCGAAACUGAAGCGUUAAGGAUGUACACCCUUGCAGCGCAUUGGGACUUCGAAGAACUCGCCGUUUCGGCUUCCCGUUAUGUACUCCGGGUCGCGGAUACCAUCCAAAAUAUAACGGACGACCACGCAGAAACCAUCGGUCCUCGAUAUCUCCUUCGUCUUAUUCAGCUCCACGAAACUCGUAAAGCCAGGCUCAAAGAAUUGCUCUUGAUCCCGCCUACUUUGCACGUGGAUGACACGCCAGCUUGCGCACGACCUCAGAGACUGUCGGUCCUGCGAGCCUACGGCUUAGCGGCAGGAUAUGUCGUUUGGGAGAAAGCAGCCGGUGUGACUGUGCAGGAGAUAAAAAGCAUUCUGUUUGGGAAUAUUGGAACGAGCAUUAGUUGCCCAGUGUGCUCCGACGCCGUUCAGAGGAACAUCGACCACGUCCUAGACUUGUGGUCUCAAAUGAAAGAUACUAUUUAGGGCACCCCUUGACCGCUUCGAUGACUUGAAACAAGGUCCUCCCAAGUAUUUAUUUCAGUGCUCCAGUGCCUCUUCAUGCCCAUGUGGGUCUUAGAAGAGCAACGUUCGUGGUUGUGUGUUACGGAGGCUUUACUCACGAUGGAUUUG